AUGGCUACUCCAAGCGUUCCAGAACAGCCGCUACUUGUGAGAUUACGAUCAAUCUGUGACCUUACUAGAAGUCUAAUAACCAGAAUUUCGACCUUCAUACUCGGCUCCGAUACGGCCCGUGAUCAGGUCCAACAAGUUCUCCGGCAAAUGAUCAACGAUAACGACACGGACAGUGCGAGAAAGUACUUGAAAUAUUUACUUUCUGAGUACAGUCAAUUUAAGGACCGUCAACUCCUAGAAACACAAAGCGUCGGCGCUGAACUGUCUUCUCUUAACAGACUGGCAGCCCAUUGGAUUUUGACUCCAAAAGGGCCGCAAACAGCACCUACAGGAGAUGAACAUAUGCAAAUGUUCUCUGGCUGGGCAGCUGAGCUUAUCAAUAGCCUCGUGAAGACAACCCCUAAAACUUUACAGCUCCUCGUCCUGUCUGAGCAGCCGGAUCCUAGAGAUCUGGGAUCGCUGAUUUCAUUCUACCUCAAAACCAAGGCGAGCCUACUGGGGCGUCUGAAUGAGAUCCAUCUGCAGCCAAUGUGGAUAAUUCAGUGCUUGAUUUCUCAUUGCUGGAAAACAAAAAUACCAGAGUUUUCAGUCCGCAUAGCUGAUUUUGAUGUCCAUUCUUUUGCCCACCCACCACCUCUCAAGCCUUACUCACUUCGACCAACAGGCAAUGCAGCUAGUCGGCUUCAGGACAAGAUAUACUGGGGAGUGAAUCCUGAGAGUGCAGGUAAUAUGGACCGGACCUGUGCCGAGAACAAGGUCUUCCUCUAUUGGCAACGCGAUGUGACUCCUUACACGUCUGAUAUCACCGUGUAUGUCUGGGAGCCACAAAAAUCUCUUCCGGUCCCAGAAUUUGCGAAAGUCGAGUAUUUUCCUGCCACAUCGGAUGACAGGCAGCCACGGCUUUUGAUUCGAUUCCGUUCAUGUCAUUCAACAGUCCUUUUCUCUAAUUUGCGAGAUAAGAAUUAUGAAGCUUGUCAGGACGAAGACUGGGAGAGGGAGGUACUAAUUAGUACCCUCUGCGUUUUCUCGACAACAAAGGAAGACACGACCCGCUUCGUAUUCGCAUGCCAUAAACAGCUACAUCGAGUUCACAUGAUGAUCCGGCAAAGCCCAUCCUCAAGCAAUAUGAGCUACCUGGAUCAUCUUGAAGAUUGCAUAAAUGCAAGCCACUGCGGAAUAGUCCAUACUCAAGAAGUGCUCCAAGCACUGUCUGAGUGGAGCCAGACAGUUCAAAGACAACCCUCAAUCAAUGCGAGGGAUGAAUCAAAAGUCUUGACGCUAAUGGCGGCCUUGAAGAAUGACUUUGAAUACUUCAAAACGCAGCUAGAGCAAAUCAAGGAACGGGUCAAGGAAGACAAAGAGCUCCUACGCUGUCGCUCGCAGUCGGUGCAGGAACUGCGGCUUUUUAGGCUGACAAUCUUGGCGGGGAUUUUCCUUCCUCUGUCUUUCACUACAAGUAUAUUUGGCAUGAACAUACAAAGUGAUAUAUUGGAAGGUUUGCCUGGAUUAUCGGAUUGGACCAAGUCCUCGCUCCAAGCAGUGUCACCAGAAUCGCGAACUACAAAAGAGAUCCUAGCCUCGGUUACGAUAACCUCCCAGCCUCUCAGUUUCACAUGGAAGACAUUUGGAAUCACUGCAGCUUGUUUACUACUUACGCUUCCAUUGUCACUAACGAUGGGCGCAAUCCUACGUGGCCUGGUAGGAGGUGUCACCGUCUCGGCUGAGUAUUGGCGUGCCUUGAUUUUGAUGAUUGCACCCUUUUUUAUCUUCCUUACAUUUCGCAGCUUGGGUACUUUCCAACACUAUUUUCGUCCUCCUCUAGGUGGGGAUGUUCAUCCGAGCUUGCAAGAAGCAAAAGCGUCGGAAAUCUGGGCUGCUCUCAUCAUCGUGAGCGCAAUGAGUUAUGCAGUAAGUCCUCCAAUCGGCGGCAUUGGCAUAAUGUAUAUCCCAUGGGCUUUGAUCCUACUCGCCUUGUUGGUUUUUGGUUUAUCGGCCAUUCUACGGCAGCGACGAUUGAUGGGUAGACAGCCAAUAUCGGAGGAGUUGGAGGGUGGAGUAGAGCGGAUUAGAGUUGAGAUACGAUUUGGAAUGCGCCGAAAAGACAUGUGCAAAGAGAGAAAAGUCUGA